AUGCUCGUAAUUUUCCACCUUUCCGCCACCGUUCCUAACCCUUGUAAGUGCCGCACCAAAAGGACUUUGGAAGCUUACUGCAAUAGCACUAUGGUGGCCAAAGUAGACGUCUUAAAUACUACUCUCACGAAAAACGGUACGCUUUUCAAAGUGUUCAGACGAUACGAGGAUGAUUUUGUUCUUAGUCCGCCCCAUAUUCCUUUGCCCUUCUACUUCACUAUUCCUACGGAGUGCCUUGAGUCGAGAGAGUAUUCGGUUGGAGAUCAGCUAUGGAUAGGAGGCUACUUCACAAAUGAGACUUUCUCAGUUAGACCGUGCCUAUUUGCCAUAAAAUUAGGAAGGGUGGAGCUUCUAUUUGUUUUUCAGAAAGUUUUUAAUGGUUCAGAACUGUGUAAAAUUUAUACCGAAUUCGAAGAGGAGGAGAAGAAAAUGAAAGAAAUGGGGAUUAUUGAUGAUACUGAGUAUGAUUAA